AUGGGCAAACGCAAGAAGACUCACGAGUUUACAGACCAGUAUGGAGAGGCCCGCAGCCAAGACAGGGACGAGCACAUGGGCGGCGCCGGCCGGGGCGGUGGCAGCAUGCGCGGCGGCGGCAGCGCCGGCGGUGGGCGCGGCGGCGGCGUGAACGUCAACUUCCAGAGGCAGCUGCCCAAGUUCCUGCAGCCGUACGCCCACAUGCUGGGCAAGCAGGGGCCCUCAGAGGAUGACCCGCAAACAGAGGGCGGCCACGAGGGGGACCUGGACGGCGGCGACCCCCGGCGGCGGCGAGGGCCAGCAGACGACGACAGCGACGGCGACGACGACGGCGGCGACGAGGAAGCAAUCCAACGGGCUCUUCAGGAAAAUCCACAGCUGGCCGCUGAGCUAGGGGAGCGCGUCACGAACAAGAUCCAAGCCGCGGCUGAAAAGGAGGCGGGCAACAAGGCCUUUGGCGCCAAGCAGUAUGAGGCUGCUGUGUUGCACUUCACCAAGGCCGUUGAACUCGACCCCAGCAGCGAGGUGUAUCUCUCCAACCGCUCUGCGGCGUAUGCCGCCUUGGAGCGCUACCAGGCUGCCCUCGAUGACGCGCGCGCCGUCACGCGCCUCAAGCCGCGCUGGGCCAAGGGCCACGCGCGCGCGGCGGCGGCGCUGAUGGGGCUGCGGCGGUACGGCGAGGCGCGGGAGGCGUACGAGGCGGCGCUCAAGCUGGAGCCCGAUGACCAAACGCUGCACAGGGGCAAAGACAAGGCCUAUGCCAUGGAGCUGCAGCAGAUGCGCGAGAACAAGCACACGUUUGCGUCCAAGCGACCCAAGGGUGCGGUCGGCGAGGCGGCGGGCGCGGUCGGCAGCGCCAGCAGCAAGGAGCGGGGCGGCGGCGGUGGCGACAGCGGCGGCGGCGGCGGCGGCGGCGGUGGUGGCAGCAGCGGCGGCGGCGCGUCUGCAGACGCGGGCAAGGCUCCUAACAGCCGCGGGAGCGGAGGGGCGGCUGGUGUGGGCAGCAGCGGGGCCAGUAGAGGUGGAGGAAGCGUCGGCAGGCCCAUCGCAGCUGCGAAGAAAGACAAGAAGCUGCUGAGCUUUGCAGCAGAUGAGGACGAGGAGGGAUGA